AAAAAAGAUAUACGAAAAAUCGAGGAUGAGGUUGGAAUAACAUAUAAUUGUUUAAAUAGAAAGAAAGAUGAUUUAGUUUUUCGUAAUUAUGAUUACAUCCGGUAGGUGAGAAUGCUGCAAACUCAAAUUUCAAAUUUAUCGAUUCAACGAGAAGCUCUUAGGAGUGAAGUCUUAAAGGUAGUGAUUCUAUUUCAUUAAAAUUAACUACAAAUUAACAAUAGAGACAAAAAUAGUAAUUUUUAAUUGUAGCAACAAGAAGAUUAUCAGAAAAUGUUGGGUAAUUUUUCCAAGGAAUUAGAAAGUAAAAAGACAUUAUUCUGUAUGUUAUUAUGAAAUACUUUAUUUAUUUUGAUUCAUAUUUUCAGACUUUCAUUAUUUUAUUUGAUACUUUUAAUAUUUGUAGCUUCGGGUAUUGAAAAAUCAAGACACCAUCGCGUGAGUUGUUUUAGUUUACCAUGA